AUGCCGUUGAAUCUGUUAUGCAGAUUGACCUCGAUGUUAGCUAGUUCUGAGGAUUCGAGCGACAGUGUGUCUUCGUACUCGAGGCGACGAAGGUAUUCAAAAUCAAGAAGGCGACACAGAUCGCGCUCCAAAAGUAGAGACAGGCCGGGAAAAAGUUACUCGAGUAAGCACACAAGAGGCAGUUCAAGAGACAGAAGAAGACACCGGAGGUCGAGGUCUUUAUCUGAAGAUCGAAACAGAUCGAGUAAGAGGUCAAACUCCAGAGAAAAAUCCACGAGCAGAUCUAGCAGCUCCCAAUCGAAUGUCAAGGUUCUUAGUAAUGACAAGCCUAGCAGUAGCAACUCAAGAGAUAAUUUUUUAACAAACGAUUCAAAAAUCAAAUCAUCAGUAUUGGAUGAUAUCAACAAGGAUGAAUUCGUACCAAAGCAGUUUGUCUCUUCUGCCAAAAAUAAAGAGCCCAAAAUGAAAAAAAUUGUGAUAGAUAUAGAUGCUGAUACCAUACACGUCCCACAACUCAAUAGCACACCAAACGUUUCAGAGAGUAUAUUUCAUACAUCGAUUAUGAUGGAUAAGGAAAUAAAAAAUGAAAAGUGGAUCAAAAAGCUGUAUUUAUGGAGACAAAAAGCAUCACAUGAAUUGAAUCACUCAUAAUAGUCGGAUACAGUUUAACUGCGAAAUAGGUAGAUGUAAAUUUUAUGGAUCAAUUUCCAAACAAGACGAAUCGUUAUUUUCAACUUUUAUUUAUUUCUUGUAUAAGAACUUACAAUUUUCAUUCCAUCAUUCAAACGUCGUAUUACAUGUAAUUGAAUUCUAUAAACAUUGUGAUUUUUAAAGAU